GUUUAGAAGCGCGCACUGCAUUGAUCACAGCGCAAGGGCAAGGAUGCGAGGAUCGCUCUACCCUACUACUCCCAGUCCGCGAAACGACCGGGAAAAGUUAUCUGUUAGUUCUCUUCCAGUAUACCAGCAAAGCAUAUUACAGACUUCUGAUUCCCCAUGGCCCCUGAGCCCCGGCACGACUAUUUCUUACCGAGUGAAAAGCAGAGCUUCGUCCCAAGUGCCGAGCUGGUUGCCCGACACCAGUCACUCAAAUGGCGCAACAUUUGCGGCAUAGCGCUAGUACACAUUUGGGGCAUUUACGCACUGUUGCACGGUCUGCAAACCAUCAAAUGGUCGGCUUUAUUGUUUAGUAUAGUGUACGGAUGGGCUGGCGGACUAGGAGUCACCGCUGGUGCGCAUAGGCUUUGGUCGCACCGCUCAUAUAGAGCUAAAUGGCAACUGAGGGUGAUUUUAGCCGCAUUUUUUUACGCAGCUGGAUUGACAACAAUCCACGAUUGGGUUCGAGACCACCGAGUGCACCACAAAUUCGUGGACACAUCUGCUGACCCGCACAACAUCAACAGAGGCUUCUUUUUCGCGCACUGUGGUUGGAUCAUGACUGGAAAGCACCCAAUGGUAGUUCAGCAAGGUAGAAAACUGAACAUGGAGGACAUCCUGAGGGACAAGGUGGUCAGUUGGUGUGACGAGAACUUUUAUUUUAUGAAGGCGUUUUUCUGCUUUGCUCUACCAACUCUCAUCUUGCGGUACGUUUUCGAUGAGCCCUGGUGGCUGUGCGUUGGGGCUAACAUAGCAAGGUACAUGAUCAGCCUGAACGGCGUUUGGUCAGUCAACAGCGUCGCGCAUUACUUUGGCGGCCACCCUUACGAUAAGAACAUUCAACCAGCCGAAAACUGGUUUGUGACCGCGUGCGCCCUUGGAGAGGGUUGGCACAAUUACCAUCAUGUUUUUCCUUUCGACUACAGCUCAUCUGAAUUCGGAUUAAAGAAAAACAAUGCCACUACAGUGUUCAUAAACUUUUUCUCAUUAAUUGGUUGGGCCAGGGAUAUGAAAACUGCUUCUAAAGAAAUGGUGCAGAGGCAUGCAGCCAGGUGUGGCGAUGGAACAUAUUAGAUUUAAUAUGUUCGUCGUUUAAGAAUCAAUAAAAUCAAACGAAGCUG